ACCACCAACAAUUCUCUCACUCCCAUUUCUUCCACGCUUCCCUUAUUAUUUCGACUACGAAUUUUCAUUUCUCGUUCAAACCCUAACACCGUUCGUCUCUGAAUCUCUGAUUCACAAUUUCACAAACCAAAAUCGAAUAACAAACCAUAUAUGGAUUCCCUCUCAUCGGUUUCUCCCUCCAUCAUCCUCCCUCCGACCGCCAACCCUCUCCGUCCACGGCGCCGCCGGAUGAGCCUCUCUCCGGUCAGCCUCCACAACCGCAACCUCUGCCUGUCCUCCAUUUUCGGAGUGCCGCGCUCUCCUGAUCUUUCCACAAGAAGGUUUUGUCACAGAGAAGCUUCGUGCAGGUCGACCGGCGGCGGCGGAGCUGGGGCGAGUCAGGAGGGAGAAGAUUCCGACGAUGAGAGCGAGCAGGUGGAGAGGGCGCUUCAUCUCGACGGUAGCAUCCCUUCCACUUCCGACGAGUUUGUGAAGCGCGUGUCGUCACGCGCCUACGAUAUGCGGCGGCAUCUCCAGCAGACGUUUGAUAGCAGCAGCUAUGAUGUGUUGGAGGCUAAUCCUUGGAGGGAAACUUCCAAGCCUGUGUAUGUAUUAACUCAGAGAGAAAACCAGUUGUGCACAAUGAAAACGCGAAGAAAUGUUAGUGAAGUUGAAAGGGAGCUUGGGCAAUUGUUUUCCAAAGGAGGAAAGUGGAACCAAGCUAAGCAGCCUAGAAAUGGCAACAAGUUCCAGAUGCUUGUUGAGGAUAUUAGGGAUGGAGUGCUUGUCUUCGAGGAUGCAAAUGAAGCAGUGAAGUAUUGUGAUUUGUUGCAAGGAGGCGGCCAAGGCUGUGAAGGUGUUGCAGAGAUAGAGGCCUCAUCAGUAUUCGAUCUGUGCCAGAAAAUGAGAGCUCUUGCAGUGCUGUUCCGGCGUGGGAGAAAGCCUCCUCUGCCUCAAAGCUUAGAGCUCAACCUUAGAGCCAGGAAGCGCUCCCUUGAAGACCAAGAAGACUAAAUUAGACUCGCGUCAUAGUUCGUAUAUAAACAACUAGCUGCUUCAAACUAGUGCAGGUUGAACACUCCUGCUUCUAAUCCUCUAUACAAGUAUACAACCAUACUAAUACACUUGCCCUGAAUCUGUAUUAUAUAUUCAUUUGUAAAUUUCGGGCUUCUCCUGUAUUCAUUCCCUUAUCCUCACUAUGAUCAAUAUAAUCUCUUACUUAUAUUCAGUC